AUGAAUUUUUGUAGGGAUUAGUAACCUUGGUGACAGGUGGUGCGUCAGGAUUAGGUCGUGCGACUGUCGAGAGGUUCGUCCAGCAAGGUGGUAAGGUCAUCGCCGCGGAUUUGCCAACUUCUCAGGGCAAGGAAAUGGCCAAGGAGUUGGGUCCUAAUGUAAUAUUUGCGCCUAUGGAUGUGACAUCAACAGAGGACAUAGAAAAAGCGCUUGCAUUAACAAAAAGCGAGUUUGGAAAGUUGGACGUUUUAGUUAACUGCGCUGGAAUAGCAGCAGCGUUCAAAGUCUACAACUUCAACAAGAAGAUUCCACACAGCCUGGACACUUUUUCCCGAGUGGUGACCGUCAACACAAUCGGAACCUUCAACGUAAUCCGACUUUCCGUGGGACUGAUGGGCGACAACACGCCAAACGCCGACGGGCAGCGCGGAGUGGUCAUCAACACCGCCAGUGUAGCCGCUUUCGAAGGACAGACAGGUCAGUCCGCGUACUCAGCGAGCAAAGGCGCCAUCGUCGGGAUGACUCUUCCGCUGGCUCGCGACCUUUCUUCUCAAGGAAUCCGCGUUUGCACGAUAGCUCCAGGACUAUUCGACACUCCACUGUUGUCUUCUCUGCCUGAGAAGGUGAGAAUCUUCUUGGCAAAGACAAUCCCGUUCCCACAGCGUCUGGGCAAGACCGAUGAGUUCGCUCAGCUGGCCCAAGCUAUCGUCGAGAACCCGCUGUUGAACGGCGAGACUAUUCGUCUGGACGGCGCUCUUCGUAUGCAGCCUUAA